AUGCUCGCGCAGGAGGAAGAGAAGGAGGAGGAAGGCGGUCGAAUGGUACCACUAGUCGCAGUAGCGAAAGUUGGUGGUGGUUGCGCGGAGGAAAAUGGUGCGGGGCCGAAGAAGGUGGUGGAAGAAGAGCAGAGGCGAGCGAGGGAGGGGGAAGAAGGUAUAGAGAGUGGGGGCUUCGAGGGCCCCCCUCUGGCUGCCUUCACGCAGGUGAAGUCUCGUACAAGUGAUCUUGAUACCUCGUUCUCGAAGAAAGCCGAGCUCCGCAAGGGUGAACAACGACAAGUGUCUCGUUCUGUGAAUAGAUUUAUAAGGGAAGGUCCUGAGGACAUCAACAAUUCCACUCUGGAUACCACGCUGCUCAUAUGUCCCCGCGGCGCCGUCGGCGGUUGCAGCACCCCCGGCAGUAGAGUGGAUCCCUGGUGGAACCCUGGUUCCCUCUUCCCCUCGACCCCUGGGCCCCCAAGGAUCGACGAGGGGGCACCGGACAACAGCAGCGGCGCCUUUCACCCGUGCUCGCCGCCCAGCCCGUCCCAGCGCCACCCUCAUCACCAGCCCAACGCGUGCAGGAACGCGUCCACGCCCUACGCCGUCUCCCCCAACUUGCCCCCUUCGUGCUCCGCGCCGGGCACGCGCCCCGCCGAUGCCGUCGUAGCCGCGCCCGUCGUCUACGGCAUCGCCUCGUCGCCGCCUCAACCCUCGUCCUCGUCGUCGUCGUCGUCGUCGUCCUCCUCCUCGGCCGGCAACCUAAUCCUCUCGGCGCUGCUCGCCACCACCUCCUCGGAGGCCCAGCACGAGAACAGCGGCGAGGGAGCGGAUCCCUUGAACGGAAUCCUGUCGUCCCUCAACGUGCGGAUCAAGACGGAGGAGUACCCGAAGAUACGAGCGGAGGAACGAAGGGCGGGGAGCAGCAUUUCGUCGUCGCCGUCCUCCGCCUUCAACGCGUCCCUGCUCACCUCCCUGCUCUCCACCUCGUCCAGGAUCCCCCCCUGCCAGCGCCAGCGCGGCGACACGGACCAGCCCCCCCUCCUCAGACCCCCCUGCGCCAAGCUCGAGUACCCCCCGCCCGAGGCCACCCCUGCCGCCGACCAGGAGCAGCGGCACCGGCAGCAGCGGGGCGGGAAGGGAGCCGAGGGCGGGCGAGGCGCGAGGAAGCCGGACUACCCCCAGCUCGUGGUCGGCCAAUCGUCGAGGGAGGCUGCGGGGGAGGAGGCGCUAGGCGCCACGUCGCCGUACGACGCCGUAUCGGGGAGGUGCGGGCAGGGGAAGCAGGGUGGGAAGGGCGGCUCGUUGGCCAAGGACGGGGUCGCGCCACCCUGCGCAGUGUCGCCGAGCUCGGACCUCGUGGUCGAGAUGAAGUACGAGACGCAGUCGGGGCCGCCCGCGGCGCCCCCGCACCUCAGCUCCGCCGGGGUCGAGCCCCCGCACAGCAGCCAGGGGACGGGGCUCGUGGUCGGCGGCUCGCCGGCCGAGGUGGUCGGGGUGGACAGCUUGCUGCUUUCGCCGUGGGGCGCGACGGGGCCGGAUUUCCUCGAGCCGCCGGACGUGAAGCAAACGGCAGCUGGUCUGCAGGACGCGUGGGACACCCUCCUCCUCGGCUCGUCGGUCGGCGUCGCCUCCGCCCAAUCGUUGGCCGAGCUCAAGCCCCUUCCGCCCUUCACCGGCUACACCGGCCACCUCAGCAUCAACGGAAUACCCGGCCACCACUACCACACCAUAGCCUCCUCCGCGCAGAGGCCCUCCUUGCCCUCCUCCUCCCCCACGUCCUCCUCCAAUCAGGAGUACUACGAGUCCCCCGUCGUCUCCUCCAGCACUCCCUGCCCCCAGGGCACCAGCCAGAAGCAGCAGCAGCAGCAGCAGCAGCAACAGCAUCAGCAUCAGCAGCAUCAGCAGCAGCAGCAACAGCAUCAGCACCACCAGCAGCAGCUGCCGCAGUCCUCGCAGCCGGUCGACUACGACAUCGAGGACAUAGCGGAGAUAAUCGGGUCGGCGAUAGCCGACACCACGGUGCCGGGCGGCGGGAACGGGCCGGGGUCGGAGCACGACCCCGAGGCGUCGCGCGACUGGAUCGACAUCGCCGACUGGAUCGACACGGCCUGCUCCCCCAAGGCGCAGGAGACCACGUCGCCGAGCCCCUACUCCCAGAUAUACGGGACCGCGACACCCUCCACCCAGGCCCAGCAGCACGGGUCCACGCUGCAGAGCUUGCUGACGCACGGCUACGCGCCGCUCAUCAACGCGAGACUGCAAUCGGCCAACGCCGCGCUCCAGAACACCUCCUGCGGGGAGACCCCGUCCUCGACCAGCCCCUAUCCACCCGUCAGCCCGCCCGGCAGAGUGUCCACCUCGUGCAGCCCCGACCACCUCUUGCACUCCUCCUUCGCGGCACCCUCCCACCCCAGGAAGAGGUCGAGGCCAGCCCCCGCCUCCCAGAACCCGUCCAAGAAGAGCCCGGCCGCGACGGCGCUACCCUACGGGACCGAGUCGGGGUUGAUAGGGGGCAAGGAGAAGCCGGUGCACAGAUGUUCCAUUUGUAACAGAGGUUUCCUCAAUAAGAGCAACAUAAAGGUGCAUCUGAGAACGCACACGGGCGAGAAACCGUUCAGGUGCGAGGUGUGCGGCAAAGCGUUCAGGCAGAAGGCGCAUCUGAUAAAGCAUCAGCAGAUUCACAAGAGGAUCGGCAGGGAUUAGGGAAGAAUUCGUCGCUUCCAACCGCCCCUCGAAACGCGACCAGAUCGCGAGCUUGCUUCGCUUUGUCCCGCGAGGGGGAGUUCUACGUGCGACGCUGUCGAGCAGCUCCGUGGAAGAAAAGGGAAAAGGGAGAAGAAGAAGAAGGAGUGCGUGCGAGGAGUGGUGCGGUAUCGAAGAGAAGGCGCGAUCGAAGAGAGUCUCGUGGGUACGAAGCCUUCCGCGUGUGGGGACCUCGAGCAACGGUUGUUCCGAUGGAUGUACGACGUCCCGAAUGACGGAACAAGUGAGAUGAUCUCUCGUGCUGUGUUAUACAUUGACGACGUUCAAAGUGAGUGGAAACCCACUGUAGCGCGGUGUGUACAUAUAUAUACGUAUCGAUAACAGAGCACACGUACGCGGGUACGUGCGUAUAUAUAAUGUAAUAUGUAUAUAUAUACAUAUUAUAUACGUAGGAUAUACCGUAGAACGAACCGAGAACGAUAUGAAAAUUCUAUAAUUCCGUCUAUGGAUAAUUCUAUGGAUAAAGCAUAUCUUGAACGUAGAGCGUAUAUAUAUAUAUAUAUGUAUAUAUAUAUAUAUAUAGAUACUAUACGUAUGUAAGUCGAGGAAUUUGCUCCUGGAACGACGGUGGGGCAAAGGAAAAAAAGAAAAAGGAAAAAAAAAGGAAAAAAAGAAAAAAAGGAAAAAAAAAUUUUCUCGUUCGAUCUCUCUUAUCUCUUUAUCUCUUACUCUUGCUCACUUUUCGUAGUCUCUCCAUUUCCUGCCUCCUCCUCCUCCUCCUCCUUCUCCCUCCCCUUUCCUCACCCACUCACAGUUGCAAUUAAAUUUACGUUCCUUCCAGAAUUUAUCUUUUUUUUUUUUUUUUUUAAUAACAAUAACCGUAAUUAUUUAAAGUGUAUUUAAACAUCACCUCGUUAUAAUAUGUAUAUAUAUAUAUAUAUACAUAAAUCGUUCUUCGUACCUCGACCGUUUUGGCGCGCCACAUGCAACUAUCUCCGGGUUAGUCGAUGUUGCUUCGUGUUCGAAUAGAACGGUAUCGAAACGAAAAACUUAACUCCGUAAGUUUUAAUUACGUUCGGAUCGUUCAAAUUUUGUCUAUCUCUUGUUCUUGGUUCCAGAGGCAAAUUCCUAAGCUCCGCACAGAGAUACAUAUGUAUACAUAUACAUGUAUAAAUAGGUGUAACAUAAUAACACACGUAAGAGGAAGUGACGAAAACUACGCGAGGCGCGGCCACGCGUAUGGCCUCGCUACGGAUGUACCUAAGCUCUUCCAAAUACGUUUUAAUUUUUACUUCUUCCCCUCCUCCUUUUUUUUUUUUUUUUCUUCUUAAAUUAAGUAAAUUCUCUCGUUUUAUUUAUAUCGCUUUUAUAUUAUAUACUUUCACGCGAUUGUCCCGCGUUUUUUUGUUUUAUUUAUUUUCUUUCUUUCUUUCUCUCUCUCUCUUUCCCUUUCUCUCUCUCUCUCUCUCUCUUUCUCCCUCUCUCGUCGGCUUAUCUUUAUAAGAUAGUCGAUCGUUUUUUGUCGCUUUUUAUUUAAGUUUUUCAUCACUUCUUCGUUUUCUUCCUUAGCUUUUCAUCUUAAUGCAACAUACGCAACAUAUGUAGAACGACAGUUUUAGAUCGUUUUGAGGACAUCCUUUUCAAGGCUGUUCGAAGAUACUCACGUUGCGCUUCUCUUUUCUUUUUUUUUUUUUUUUUUUUGUACUUGGCGGUUGUAUCUGUCGAGGCUUGUUUACGGGUUUUCUUUUUUCUUUUUUUUUUUUUUUUUUUUUUUAUUUCUUGUCCUUGUAUUUUAUUACUUGUCUUCUAAAUUUUUCUUCCCUUUCUUUCUUUUUUUUUUCUCUUUCCAGAAAAUUCGAUCCUUGGAAUAAUAUACAUAUAUACAUAUAUAUAUAUAUACAUAUUAUAUAUUAUUAUAUUUUAUAUAUAUAUAUAUAUAUAUAUAUAUAUAAAAAAUCGAAUUAUGCGUAUUUAGAGAUAUUAUCAUCAUCAAAUGAACCACGAGCCUUCGAUGGAUCGACCGACGGAGGUUGACAAUACACGACAUUCGAACUUCUCGGAGAAAUAUUCAUUUAUCAAUUAUUUUUUUCGCAAUCUAUAUAUACACACACACACACACACAUAUAUAUAUAUGUAAAUGAAAAUCAAUCGAUAUUUUAUUAUCUAUCUCUUAUUGUCCUUCCUUACUCGAUCCACGAAUUCUCGUUGACAUUGUAUCCUGUGUUGCAAUGGUCGGUGGCUGCGAAUUGUAAUUUGUAUAAAGUCAGAAAUAUGUGGAUUUUAUUUAUAAAAAGGAAAAAAAAACUCAUGUUCGAUUAAAUGAUUGUUACCGUAAUAACGGAGAAUAA